AUGGAGGGAGAAACCGCAGCGAAGGCAGCGGCGAGUUCCUCCUCGCCCCCAAGCCGCUACGAGUCACAGAAAAGACGAGACUGGAACACCUUUCUUCAGUAUCUAAAGAACCACAAGCCACCUUUAACCCUGUCUCGUUGCAGUGGCGCACACGUCAUCGAGUACCUUAAAUACCUCGACCAGUUUGGUAAGACAAAAGUCCACAUCGUGGCUUGUCCCUUCUUCGGAGAACCGAACCCACCGGCCACGUGCACUUGCCCUCUCAGACAAGCUUGGGGAAGCCUCGACUCUCUCAUCGGCCGUUUAAGGGCUGCGUUCGAGGAAAUAGGCGGUGGUCUUCCAGAGUCAAACCCUUUGGCUGCUAAAGCGGUUAGGAUCUAUCUUAAGGAAGUACGUGACACUCAGGCUAAGGCUCGUGGGAUUCCCCACUACAAGAAAAAACGUAAACGGCCUUCUACAGCUAAGGCAACUCAAAACGUCGAUGCUGGAGAAGGUGCUGGUGGAAGUGGUGGUUCUGCUUUGGUUGUUGCUGAUGUUAAAUCUAAUUAGAUAUAAGAAAACUUUAGCAUAUAUAGUAAUUCUCUUGUGUUCCUUACUUUAUAAAUUAUAUUAUUUGUGUACUCGUCUAUUUGAGUUGUUAAACGCAAUUAUAAAUGGAA